GAACAAGCUGCCACUGCAUCCGCAACAGUUAGGAAGAUUCGGUCCUCACCGAUCAAAGUCGUAAACUUAGAUGCAUGAAGUUUGUCAAUCACCACAGGACCAGGAUUUGCAAGAACAAGCUGUUUAGCAAUAACAGGGGUUGGGAUUUGGAGAUCAUUGCUGACCUGUUUGAGGCAAGGGAUCAGUCCCUCAUCCGUGGUAUCCCUCUGUCCAAUACUGCUGCAUAUGACCAACUGUUUUGGUCUUUCGAAAAUUCAGGUGUGUAUUCUGUAAAGUCAGCCUAUAAUUUCCUGCAGAAUUAAAAAAGUAACUGGUUUGAUGAAGAGAUUGAUGCGUUCUGGAGUAAACUAUGGAAGCUGAAACUUCCUUCAAAGGUUAGUAAUUUGUUAUGGCGUGCGUGUACACAGUGUCUUCCUACGUUGGUUCAACUCAAAACUAAGAGAGUAGAUGUUAAUUUACUUUGUCCCAUCUAUAUGGAAGAAGAGGAGAGUGUUUUGCACUGUUUGGUGACUUGCCGUGUUGUCAAACUGUGUUGGAAUCGGGUUGGUAUCGGGACGGUGGUGACUCCUGGAUCUGGUUUUUUGGACUGGUGCUGGGGUGUGUUUCAGCAUGCUACCUCGGAUCAAUUGUGCUUAAUGGCUACUAUUUGUUGGGCUGUUUGGGGAGCCCGAAAUGACCUGGUUUGGAAUGGAAAAGCUGUUCAUCCCGAUAACGUUGUUGAGUUUGCAAAAAAGUAUCUUGAUCAAUGGAAAAAUGCUCGUCAGUCGGAUUCCGAUACAUCUUACUCUACUUUCCAAGCAGGAGAUGGAAAUGAGCAUUGGUGUCCUCCACAUAGUGAUAGCAUCAAGAUUAAUGUAGACGCGGCAUUGUUUGAAAGGAAUCGAUCAUAUGGCUUUGGUCUUGUCGCUAGGGACUCAAACGGUUUGCUUAUAGAGGGACACACGGCUCUGGUUUAUGGUGCAGUGGAACUAGUCCUAGCGGAGGUGUUGGGAAUUAAGGAGGCUCUUAGUUGGAUCAAAGAAGCGAAGUGGCAAAAUGUCACUCUUGAAUCAGAUUGUCUUUGUGCGGUUCAGGCCAUCCGAAGUUCCUUAGACAUGAUUUCUACUUUUGGUUUGAUUGUAAAAGACUGUGAAAGCUUGCUUGCUUCUCUUACAAAUGUUUCUAUUUCUUUUGUUAAACGAUCUGCUAAUUUAGUGGCCCAUAACUUUGCUAAGGCUGCUAUUUUAUUUCCUGAUCGUCGUUUCAGUUUGGAGCAUGUUCCAACUGAUUUGUUACCUUGUUUAGUAGCAGAAGUUUAUGGCUAAUAAAGAUUUUCGACUAUUCAAAAAAAAUAUAUAUAAUUUUAAUUGAUAAAUACUUUUUUUUAUAUAUAAUUAAAGUACCAAAUAUAAUCUUAUAUAAUUUAUCAAAAUUAGAGUUUCUAAUGCACAUAAUGAGAAUAUGACCUAUAAAAUUGGGUAUAAAUUAAAGAGUAGUAAAAUAAAGGUAAAAUUUAAAAUAAGAAAUAAAGUGUGUAUAGAGUAUAAUUUUCUCACAGUCAUGGCCUUUCCUUGAGGAAAUU